UUAUUCAAUAAUUUUUUUUAAACAAUAAUUUUAUUUAAUAAUUUAAGAUUAGUAUGAAUAUUGUAUUUUCUAAUCAGAAUUUUUUCCAUGGCCGCAACAUUUUAAUAUAAAAUCAAUAACUAAACAUGGUCACUCUGACUGGUUCCGCCUUUGUUUACAUCGGCUGUUUUGAUUAUAAUUUUUGAUUAAAUCAAUGAUUGUUAACAUUUUGGCGCCGCAGGUGGCUUGAUCUGUGGACAUCAUAAGAGCACCCUGUGAUGCACCUGUCGCCUGGACAUCUAAAAGUCGUGCUCAUUCUGGCCCUGCUGCAGGAGUUGCAGGUUAAGCCUCAGAGAAAUGUUUUUCAGGAGCUCUUUGAGAGUGAUCUACAACUUUGUCCUGCCUGCUUCUCUGGACAUCGAGAGCAGUGCGAACAGAUCUUUCAGAAAAUUUUAGAGCCCUCGGAUUGGAGCAGACUAAUUAAAGCCGUCUCCCAAUUCUUUGAUCGUCGUGCGAUUUAUUUCCUUGAGCUGAAAGAGGAGCAUCAGGGAACCCAAUUGGUGGCAAAAAGAAAAAACAUUGAUCAAAGGAAACUGAACACUAAACACCUGGAAAAUGAGUUCCUUGAGCUAAAGGAGCGACCUGGUGGCUUCCACCUUUGCCGAACUUCUGGAAAGAAACCACGAUAUGUCAGUUACUUAGAGGAGAGUGGACAUGCCUCCGCCAGCGUCUGGUUCUACAUGAUGCACUAUGUCGGACCGCUCCUCAUGCAGGAAUUGUAUUUUCUGGAUUUUCCAGUGCCCCGCACAUUCGCCUUCUGCGGUUUAACACAUUUUCAGUCCCAUGCGGGCCGUACUCUAUUUCAUUAUGUGGAAGCCGAAGAAGAUCUGCGCAUGCAGCUGGCUUGCCAAUUGCUUCAACUAUCCCUCAAACUGACCUUUGGAUUCUCUGACUUUCGCAUCUUUCUUACCGAUUUCACGGCUGAUAAUUUGGCUUACGAUGAAGCCAGCAGAAAGGUGAUUCUCAUCGAUUUGGAUUCACUAGUGCUGGUGGAUGCUGAAUCCACCUCAGGACAAGCACAGAAAUACGAGCCCCUGCCUGGCGAAGGAUUCACCUUCGACGUCUCGGCAUUCUGCUCUGGACAGCAGCUGGAUGCGAAUGUUUACCAAGCAUGCCUUCUGUUAAGAGAUGUUCUGCUUAAGGAUCUGGACAACAAAAGACUGCAACUACUAUUGGAGCAAUGUGUUACGUGCCAAGAUGACCUCUGUGAUAUGCGCUUCCAAAAAGCGUACGACUUAAUCAAACUGCUGGACAGCUACAACUUGAGCUAAUGUUUUGGA